CGGAGCGCGGAGCCGGAGGGAGAGAAGGAGGGACCGGCCGGCGGCGGCGGCGGCGGGGACAGGCGUGGGCAGCGGCGGCGACAGCGCCAAGGCUCUAGCUCGGCUCUCCCUCUCUCCCCCUCGGUCUCCCCGCCCGCCCGGCGCCCAGGGGCCGGCAUGUCGGCCGUGGCCUGCGUGGAUUACUUCGCCGCCGAGUGCCUGGUGUCCAUCUCCACGGGUGCCGUGGUGCACCCGGCGGCCCUGCCCCGGCCCGAGCCCCCGCCCCCGGCCCCGCCGGCGCCGGAUCCGCCGGCCCCCGGGGACUGCAGCCGCGAGGACCUGGAAGUGCGGGAGGCUCUGCAGGCGGCCGCGGCGCACGGGGGCUCCCCGGCCCCGGGCCCCGGCCCCGCCGAGCCCCCCAACUUGCUGGCGGUGGCCAACAUCCUGACGGACCUGCGCGGGCCGCGCCCCGCCUCGGCUCACUCGGAGAGCGGCAGCAGCACCUCCUCGUCGUCCUCGUCCUGCUCCUGCAGCGGGGACCCCGACGGCGCCCCCCCGGCCGGCCCGCCCGCCCCCACGGCCGCCGCCCACGCCGCCUCCCGCCGCUGCCACAGCCCUUCGCCGCCCAGCAAGCGCCACCCGUGCCGCUUCGAGGGUUGCUGCAAAGUUUACGGGAAGUCCUCCCACCUCAAGGCGCACAUGCGGACGCACACAGGUGAGCGGCCUUUUCCCUGCACGUGGUUAGGCUGCGUUAAGAAGUUUGCGCGUUCUGAUGAGCUGGCUCGGCACUACCGGACACACACCGGCGAGAAGCGUUUCUCCUGCCCCAUCUGCACCAAGCGAUUCAUGCGGAGCGACCACCUGACCAAGCAUGCCCGCCGUCAUCCUACCUUCCACCCCAGCAUGAUCAAGCGCCAGGGGGCCCGCAGUGUCUCCCCCAGCGACUCGCUGGCUUCUGCCCCCUGCAGCCUGGCAGGCAGCCCCAGCCCCAGUCCAGCACCCAGCCCUGCUGCCUUCCUCUAGGGGGAAGGGCCUAGGAAGCUGUUGCCGCUGCCCCUCCUUCUUCCACCAUCUCCCCUCACCCCACCUUGGGCCUCCCUGAAGAGCCAUCUCCCCCUGGACCUUCUGCCUCUCCUGCAGCUGGCUGCCUCACCAGAUGGAGGGGGCCCUUCCUGUCCCUCUUUCAGGGCACAGGCUGGGACACCAAGGACUUUCCUUCCCCCAGGGCCACAUGAUUUUAUAUUUUUAACCAUCGUGCUGUUGGGAGGGUGGGAGGGUGGGUGUAUUGGACCACUGGGGGCUGGGGACAGAGAAUAGCACCAGCAUUUGCCUGGGAGGGGGGGAAGCUGGGGCCGCUCCCAGCAACCACCCCCUCCAGGGUCUCUGCCAUCCGUCUGGGCCACCUUUGCCCCAGGGAUUCCCUGAGGGGUGAGGUCAUGUGGCUGGUUGGGUGAAGGGGAACAGCAAAGCUAGGACCCCGUUCGUCAGCUGGUUUUUCUGCAUCCUUAAAAGAAGGAUUUUUCUCCUCCCUUCCCUUUGGAGGGAAAGGGCUCUGGGAUUGAAGUUUUAGGGUCAGAAUACUUGGGCCUCUGUGGAUAUUCUUGUUUUUUUUCCUUUUGAAACCUGUGGAGGCUUCACGGACUCUUCCCCAAGGCGAGCCCCCAAGCAGAGCACACAUCCCAGGUUGGGGGGGGCAGAGGGGCACCCCCUCCAUGCCCGGGCCUUGAAGGCAGCUGGCAACAUUGGAGACAGAAAAUAAUGCUUUCUAUUUCUGUACAUAGUGAUGAUAAUGAUGAUUAUUGAUAAUAUUUUUUUUUAUAUUGAUUAAAUGUGGAAUCCAGGUUUGAUGAGAGGCGGGCACACAAGGCCAUUUCUUGACUCUCCCUGCCCUUCCUCCAGUGCCUCUCUGCUGCCAGGGUGUCUUGGCUGGCUCAGCGUGGAGGCCCGAGGUCUGGGCAGGAGGUGUGGACUGGCUUAGCCCAGAAGGUUGAAGUCUGUGAGUGUGUGUAUGUAACAUUGCAUAGAGCACAGAACCUUUGUGUGGUCCAGCCUUCCAGGCUCAACCCUCCGCCCCCAAGAAGUCUUGUCAGUGAUGGAGCCUCUUGGGACAAGUCUAGCCAGGAAUGUGGCCCGCAGGCUCAGAGCGGAGCUUGGAGAGCCAUGAUGUCAUAGUGUCUUCCCAAGCUGGGAAAUGGGAGAGUUUGGACUACCAGACCUCAGGGUUUUGCUGAGGUGGAGGGCUUUUCCCAAGCCUUGCCGUGCCUAGGAAGAGGUCAUUUGGACCGAGGAUCUGGGAACCUGACCCACUUUGGGUCACCUCUCUUAUCUGUCUGUUGGGGAUAGAACAGUGGCUCAGGGUUGAAUUUGGGGGUGUGCAGGGAGGCCAUUGCUGCUUGUGGAGCCAUCCUCACCCCACCUCCUUGUCCUUGGAGGAGAGCCCUUGCCAGCUUCUGGCUUUACCCUACUGGCAUGGAUUCAGUGCCGGGAAGGGGUCUCGAUGCCCUCCUUUGACAUCUCGGGGAGCUAAGGCUCAGAGGGGUAGAGUGAUUUGGUCAAACAGCUAGUCAUUUGAAUGGCCUGGGAUGGUUGUCCCUGCCCAUACUCCCCAGAGCUAGCUCAGUGCAGGCCCCUUGGUGUGAGCUAGCUCAGCAAUGAUGCAGAGAACACCCACCAGGCCUGUAGGGGAUGAAGCUGGUAAAAUGACUUGGGGAGGGGCUGGGCUUCUGGGCAGCAUCUGUUGCCAGACCCUUCCUCGACCUCCUUAGCCUGGGGCUGGCUGGGGUAGGUCAAAUCCCCAAGGGAAGCCAUUGGAGAUGUUCAGGGAAAUGGGGGUUUGGGAGGGGGGGAGGGCAGCCCCCCACCCCCAGGCAAUCUCAGGUGUCUGUAGGUUUUGUUUAACAGUGGGGCUGCAGCAGCUCUCUCCUCUUCCCCCAAAAGGGGGUCGAUGGGUUUAUUUCUGAAGCUGUCUGCAUCUCUUGGGGAGGGGGGGGGGCGGGUUCUAUGGAGAGGAUGUUGACUCGGGCUAAGACUUUGGCUUCUUCCAAAGAACUAACCAUUCAAAGUCAGGCCUGGGUUGGAGGGCUCUUAUUAAAUGGGAAGCCAUGCCCUUUGCCAAAGGCACUUCCCCGGGCUUGGCUGAGGGAGACACAGCUGGGUUUUUUCUUCCUUUUUCUACCUGUCUCAGGCAGUGUGCUGGUAGGGCAGGAGCCUAAGGCUGCCCUUGUCUUCAGUCUUUCCAGGGACCUCCCUGUUCUUGGUGGGCAUGGGGGAGGGGUUAACCUUGAUGGGGCGGGGAUCGUGCCCUGACUUCCACCCUGCCCCUUCAACAUGGCUCCUCUAGCCUUCCUUCCUUCCUACUCAGUCUUGCGACAGCCAAUCAUGUCUGGAAGCUGCACCUUUGCUUCAAAGCCAGUUCUCUCUCUCUCUCUCUCUCUCUCUCUCUCUCUCUCUCUCUCUCUCUCUCUCUCUCUCUCUCUCUCUCUCUCUCUCCCUCCCUCCCCCUCU